AUGGGAGAUAUUGUAGAUUAUGAGGAAGAGUUCUUGAGUCUUAGACUUGCUAUAGUCAAUGAUUCAUCAUGUUGUAAUCAUAUUAAUAAGAAGAUCAUCAAGAAGAGAAAAAGGAGGGGAUUGAUGAUGAAUUUCAUCAACACUUGGGAUUUAAAUGAAAGUAAUUGUGAAGGAAAAAUAUUAAGUCUUUUAGAGUUGAGAGAAAUGAUGCUAAAAAAUGAUGUAAAGAAAAAAGGUCAUAUUGUGGUUGAAGAUGGAAAAGGUCUACACCUAAUCCAUUCAUUGCUUAUUUCAGCCACAUCAAUUGAUGAAAAUACCAAAUAUUUAGCUAUUGAAAAUCUACAUGAAUUGUACCAAAAUGUUACCUUACUUGGUGAUUCAAUCCAAAGGAUGGCUGCCUAUUUUGCUGAUGGAUUAAUAGCAAGACUAUUAACGCGAAAAUCGCCAUUUUAUGACAUGAUAAUGAAGCCACCAACACAAGAAGAAGAGUUCUUGGCUUUCACUCAAUUCUACAAGGUUUCUCCUUUUUACCAAUUUGCUCAUUUCACAGCUAACCAAGCCAUUCUUGAAGUCUUUGAGAAAGAAUUAGAAUAUAACAAUGGAUUAUUGCAUGUUAUUGACUUUUUUGACAUAUCUUAUGGAUUUCAAUGGCCUUCUCUUAUUCAAUCUCUAUCAGAAAAUGCAACCACAUUGAAUAGAAUCUCUCUCAAAAUCACUGGAUAUGGAAAAACAAUUGAUGAAUUGAGAGAAACUGAGACAAGACUUGUUAGUUUUGCAAAGGGUUUUAGAAAUUUAUCUUUUGAGUUUCAAGGGGUUUUAAGUGGAUCAUAUAAACUUAGUAACCUAACAAAAAGGAAAAAUGAAACAUUAGCUAUAAAUUUGAUGUUUCAUUUGAACUCAUUAAGCACUUAUUCCAAGAUUUCAAAGACAUUGAAAGAAGUACAUGAUCUUUGUCCUUCUAUAGUUACUAUAGUGGAACAAGAAAGAUGUAAAAUCCCUCAAACUUUCAUGCCAAGAUUCAUGGAUUCAUUGCAUUAUUUCGCGGCUAUGUUUGAUUCAUUAGAUGAUUGUUUACCUAUUGAUAGUAUUGAAAGAUUGAGUAUUGAAAAAAACCAUCUUGGGAAAGAGAUCAAGAAUGUGUUGAAUUAUGAUGAAGGUGGCAACAAUAAUAAUUCAUCAAGAUAUGAUGAUAAUGAACAAAUGGAGACAUGUAAAGGGAGAAUGGAAAGCCAUGGAUUUUUAGGAAUUCCAUUGAGUUGUAAGAACAUAAUGCAAGCAAAGUUGCUUAUGAAAAUUAGAAGUUAUUCUAAUUCUACAAUACAAAUUGAUGGAGGAAUAAAUGGAGGGUUUAGGGUUUUUGAAAUUGAGGAUCCAAGAGCCAUUUCUCUAGCAUGGCAAGAUAGGUCUAUUGUAACUGCAUCUGCAUGGCAUUGUGUAUUGUAA